CCUCUCCUCCUUUCUCCUCCCGCUGCUUGCUGGCUCGUGCGUCCCUCUGUCUGUUGCUUAAAGCGGCCGGGAUUUAAUAGAAAAAUAAAAAAGGAUUUGGAAAAGAUAAGAGCGGGAUACUUCCCAGGGAUCCACAGAGGUGUGGAAUGGAAAAGCAUCAAGGCUCUUUGAGCAUAAACCCUCAUCUUCUGAGUAUUUGGAAGGCCCAAGAACUGUACUUCCUGAGAAUGCAAAGGAGCAGAGAAAAGACGGAGAGGGAAAAGAUGGAUGAACAAAAUCAGGGUAAGAAGAAGUUGAGAGUGUGUGUGGCGACAUGCAACAGAGCAGAUUACUCCAAGCUGGCCCCCAUCAUGUUUGGGAUUAAAUCCCAGCCCGAGGAGUUUGAACUGGAAGUCGUGGUGCUUGGUUCACAUCUCAUUGAUGACUAUGGGAACACUUUUCGCAUGAUCGAGCAGGACGACUUUGACAUUGGCUCUAAGCUCCACACUAUUGUGAGGGGAGAGGACGAGGCAGCUAUGGUGGAGAGCGUUGGGCUGGCACUGGUGAAACUCCCUGACGUCCUACAGAGACUGCGCCCCGACAUCCUGGUGGUACACGGUGACCGCUUUGAUGCUCUGGCUCUGGCUACUGCUGCAGCACUGAUGAAUAUCAGAAUACUUCACCUGGAAGGAGGAGAGGUUAGCGGUACAAUCGACGACUCAAUCCGCCACGCCAUAAGUAAACUGGCACAUUAUCACGCCUGCUGCACGCGCAUGGCAGAGCAGCACCUCAUCGCCAUGUGCGAGGACCACUCUCGCAUUCUCCUGGCCGGCUGCCCAUCGUAUGAUAAGCUGUUGUCAACUCAUCACAGAGACGACCACAUGGAUGUCAUCAAGAGCUGGCUGGGUGACCACGUGCAGGAUCAUGGCUAUAUUGUGGCAUUACAGCACCCAGUUACUACAGACAUCCAGCACUCCAUUAAGAUCUAUGGACUGAUGCUGGAUGCUUUGCUUUCCUUCAACAAGAAGACCCUCAUCCUCUUCCCUAAUAUUGAUGCAGGAAGUAAGGAGAUGGUGCGUGUCAUGCGAAAGAAGGGCAUCGAACAGCACCCCAACUUCCGGGCGGUGAAGCACAUUCCCUUCGAGCAGUUCAUCCAGCUCGUGUGCCAUGCUGGCUGCAUGAUCGGAAACAGCAGCUGUGGCGUACGAGAGGCCGGGGCCUUCGGAACGCCUGUCAUUAACCUGGGAACAAGGCAGACGGGCAGAGAAACCGGUGAAAAUGUUCUUCAUGUCAGAGAUGCUGACACUCACAAUAAGAUCUACCACGCUCUGGAGCUGCAAUUUGGGAAGAGAUACCCAUGUUCCAAGAUUUAUGGUGACGGCAACGCAGUGCCUCGCAUUCUGAAGUUUCUGCGUAGCAUUGACCUGGACGAACCCCUCCAGAAGACUUUCUGUUUCCCCCCUGUGAAAGACAUUAUAUCCCAAGACAUCGAUCACAUCCUGGAGACACAGAGUGCUCUGGCAAUUGACUUGGGAGGGACCAACCUCAGAGUGGCUAUUGUGUGCAUGAGGGGAAAGAUUGUGAAGAAAUACACACAGCCCAAUCCAAAGACUUUCGAGGCCAGGAUGCAUCUCAUAUUGAAAAUGUGUAAUGAUGCCAUUCGGGACGCUGUGGGCCUUAACUGUAGAAUACUUGGUGUCGGUGUGUCGACAGGCGGACGUGUAAACCCACAAGAAGGUGUAGUCCUACACUCCACCAAGCUGAUCCAGGAGUGGUCAUCUGUGGACCUGAGGACACCCAUCUCAGAUGCCCUACGCUUACCCGUCUGGGUCGACAAUGACGGCAACUGUGCUGCGUUGGCUGAGAGGAAAUUUGGUCAUGGGAAGGGAGUGGAAAACUUUGUGACAGUCAUUACAGGAACAGGUAUUGGAGGAGGAAUUAUCCAUCACAAUGAGCUGAUCCAUGGCAGCACGUUCUGUGCUGCUGAGCUGGGUCAUAUCAUGGUUUCAUUAGAAGGCCCGGAGUGUUCUUGUGGCAGCCGUGGUUGCAUAGAGGCCUAUGCAUCUGGCAUGGCUUUGCAGAGAGAGGCCAAAAGGUUGCAUGAUGAGGACCUGCUGAAGGUGGAGGGGAUGGAUAUUAAGCUCUCAGAGCCUAUCAUUGCUGCUCACCUCAUCAGUGCAGCCAGAAUGGGGAACUCCAAAGCUGAUGCUGUUCUAAACAAGGCAUCCACAGCACUAGGGGUUGGCAUCACGAACAUUCUCCACAUCGUCAACCCCUCUCUAGUCAUUCUGUCUGGAGUCCUGGCCUCUUACUACCAGGCCCCAGUGCAGCACAUCAUCUCGCAGAGAGCUCUCCUCUCUGCACAAAGCAUUAAGGUUGUCACAUCGGACUUGGAAGAACCUGCUUUACUUGGAGCUGCCAGCAUGGUGUUAGACUACGCAACUAGAAGGAUAUAUUAAAUUAUAUAUUGGGAAUUUAGUAAGGACUGCUCCUAACCAGAGGACUACAAAACUGGAAAUAAUUCCCAUACUUCCCAAAUGGAUACAUAAGCAUAACUAAGGCAUUUUUAAACCACUAUGACAAUGUUCAGCCUUGUUAAUACAUUUAAUACAUAUUUAAUGUAUUUUUUCUGUUUGUUGAUUUCUGUUGUCUAGAUUGCAAGUUGGAUAAAUGAGUGGAUUUUAUUCACUACACAUACCAGAAAUCCCAGCUUUUAUUUGGAACAAUACUUACAGUGUAAAGGUGGUGUAAUGAAACCAGAAUAGUCCAUACAGGGUAAAAACUGUAAUGUGACAAGGCUGUCAUUUAUGAAAGCGUAUUUCAGAUGUGACCAAAAUAUUGCUGAAACUCGCUCAUGUACCGUUAUUUAUUUUUUAAGCUGAUGUUUUAGCUAACUGACCCAUCUUAUUUAGUUUUCUAUACAUCUUAAAUACAUCAUUUUAUUUUUUGUUUCAUCUCUCUUUUUGGAUACGAAUGAAAGCCUAGUCAUUAUGUUAAGUGUCUGUUUUGUUUUUUUGUUUGUUUUUAAUUAAACUCUUUGGUACACUUAAAUCAGUGGGAAAAGUCUGCUAUAGUAUUAUAGAAAGGCUUGGGGGAAUAUUUUGUGUUUGUUUUUUUACAUUUCUUGACCAUGGACCUUCUGAAGAUCACAUUAUUUGUAUGUACUGUUACAUACAGUAUUAUAUGCAUUAUAUGCUGUUUGAUUUAAGAUGAUCCAAAUAAAUUUUUUAGAUUAAAACAA